AUGUGGAAUGAAAAGAUCAAUGUAUUCAAAGUGAGCAGCAUUACAAAUCUCCAGAUAAAUGAUUCUACUGAAAACGUCUCUCCAGAGGCUGUUUAUCAAAGUGGCUACAAAGUUUUCAUUGGAGAAAAUGCUACCCUUCUAUGCAUUUUUUCUGGAAACCCUGUUCCAAAAGUUCAAUGGCAGAACAAAAACGGAACAUACAUAACAACAAACCACAAAUACAUCGUCGGUCAGUAUGGACGACAGCUACAAAUCAUGAACGUAACUUUUGAUGAUGAGGGUGUCUAUAAAUGUAUAGCCAACGGCAGCCUAAUUCAAAAUCCAUUCCUCAAUGUCAUAUCCCCUCCGAUUUUUCCCGAUGCUGGUAGACGUUUUAUGACAAAAAUAGUGCAGAUUUCGACAAAAGAGUCAACUGUUCUCCUAUGCAACGCAAUGUCCUUAUCGGCCGAAAUUGAGCCUAUUGUGAUCAAAUGGAUGAAGAAUGGAAAGAUCUUGGAUCAAGAUGUUAGAUACCAGCUUUCAAAGGACAAAAAGACUCUUCAUAUUUACAACGAAAGUUCAGACGCUGCUGGUUGUUAUACAUGUGUGAUAGAAAAUAGCGAAGGGAUUGCAGUGUCAAAUUUUUUACUCCAUUUCGGAAUAUACCCAUCCAAACUUCCUCCUGAAAUAACGUCAGAGUUUAAGCAAGAGUAUUUCUUACCUCGCUUUCAUUCUUCUCCUUUGACUCUACUCUGUAGUGCUCACAACGGUGAGAUCACGUAUUAUUGGUCUAAAAAUGACAUGAAAUUCAACAGCAAUGGGCGCAUUGCUGUAAACAAGAAGAAUGGCGAAAUUGUCUUUCAAAAUCUCACAGAAGGCGAUUUUGGGAUUUUCUAUUGUUUGGCGGAAAAUGAAUACGGAACCUCCGUGUCCUUGUUUGUCAAGAUCUCUGAAGCGGUUCUUAAUAAAUUUCCUACAAUGACAUUUACACAAACUUGUGAAGAAAAACAACAUUGCCAGCUAAAUUGUCAGGAUAAACCUAGAUGUGAACCAAGAAAUGAGUGUCAUAUAGAAUGGAAAUAUGGAAUUGGGACUUCGAAUACUGUAUAUAUGAAAGAUAAAACAGCUGUGGAUGGAUCGGGGAACCUUCAUUUUCUAAGCGUAAGUAAAUCUGAUGGCAACAGAACAUAUGGUUGUGGAAUCUGGAAUGAACGCACAAAGACAUUUGUCAAGGGAGGUUCAAUAAAACUUCAAAUUCAUGAAUCAGAUGCAAGAAUUGAAACUGUCCCCAUUCGAGCAGUAUAUAAAAGUAGAUAUAAGGCAGUUGCUGGUCAAUACGGUAUACUGAGGUGUAUUUUCUCUGGAAGCUCAGUUCCUGUUAUAAAAUGGAAAAACAAAAAUGGUUCUUACAUAGAAAUAAAUCAUAGAUACAACAUUACAGAGAAUGGGAGACAACUACAGAUAAUGAAUGUAACCUUUGAUGAUGAGGGUGAAUAUCAAUGUAUAGCCGAUGGCAACAUUUCCCAGAAUCCAUUUCUUAAUGUUACUUCCCCUCCGAAAUUUGUUGAAAACAAUAGACGUUUCCUGACCAAGAUUGUAGAAAAUUCUUCUAGUGAAGUAAUAAUCUUAACAUGCAAUGCUGUUUCUGCGCCAGGGGAAGCAAAUCCAGGAGUGACCAAAUGGAUGAAAAACGGCAAAGUUAUUAACUCAUACCAAGAUUUUGUUAUUCAGUUGUUUGGAAACAACAGAAUAUUACAAUUACAUAAAGAAGAACCAGGAUAUGGUGGAAGUUACCAGUGUGUAGUAGAAAACAGUGAGGGUGUUGCAGUUGCUAACUUUUUAGUUCACAAUAAUUUGGUGCCGCUGACCACCCCUAGACUUGCAGGUAAAAGUCCUGCCUGGCGCUAA